AGAGAGUUUGAAUUUAUUCUAAUAUAGAAUAUAUAUAAUUUGUAAAAUAGAAGAAUUAAGAGAUUGCUAAUGUUGUAUAAGACAAAACAUUGUCUCUUAAAUAAUUCUGCACUUCACUGGUUAAAGAUUCAAUUAGAAAACACUUGUCAUAGAAUUAUGUCGACUACAGUCGAUCCUAUAGCUCAGCCUGAUAUAAAUACUAUGCAUGGAGAGAAGAGACAAAUGUUAGAUGAUGGCAAUGAGACUGAAGCCAAAAUACAAAAGACAGAGAUAAUGCAAAAGAUUAAGAGAAAAAAUCAUGCUAUAUUGUUAGGUUAUCUUGGUAAGGAUUAUUAUGGCAUGCAAAGAAAUCCUGGUAUGAAAACUAUUGAGGAAGAUUUGGUUACUGCCUUAUUGAAGGCAGACUUAAUAACUACAGAACAUUUCAAAAAUAUACGUUCAAUCAGUUUUCAAAGAGCUGCACGUACAGACAAAGGAGUAUCAGCAAUUAGGCAAAUUGUUUCACUGAAGCUGCCGGAAAAGCCUGACAAAACAGUAAUAAAUAAAUUUUUACCUGAUGUAAUCAAAAUAUUUGGAAUAAAGCGAGUGACAAAAGGUUUUAAUAGCAAAAACCAAUGUGAUGCGCGUACUUAUAGAUACAUCAUUCCUACUUUUGCAUUUGCACCAGAGGAUUUGACAUUGUUAAAAAUCGGAGAAGAAAUUAAUGAAGAAGAAAGAAUCAAACAAUUAUCAACUAUAGAUGGAAAGUCAUAUGUUGACUACAGAUUAUCUCCAGAAUCUUUAAAUAGAUUAAAUUCAAUUUUAAAACUUAUGGAAGGCACACAUAAUUUUCAUAAUUUUACAUCUAAAGUAAAACCAUUAGACCCACGGGCCCAACGUUACAUAAUCAAAUUUCAUUGUGUGGAAACGUUUAUUUCGAAUGGUAUGGAAUUCGCAAUAUUAGAAAUUAAAGGACAAAGUUUCAUGCUACAUCAAAUUCGAAAAAUGGUCGCAGUUGUAGUUGGGAUUGCGAGGAAUAUUAUAUCUGAGGAAAUAAUCAAUGAAGCAUUUAAGACAAUGGAUAGGUUGGAAAUACCGAUUGCACCUAGCUUAGGAUUAUGUCUAUGUCAUGUGCACUAUGAUUAUUAUGGUAAGAGAUAUGGUGCAGAUGGUCUUCAUGAAACAUUGGACUGGAAAGAAUGUGAAGAUGAAGUAGAAAAAUUUCAGAAGGAAUAUAUUUUGAAAUAUAUGGUGGAUACCGAGAUUACAGAACAAACAACAUUAAAAUGGAUAGCAGGUCUUCCCUCUCAUUCAUUCAAUAAUAGAGAAGAACUUCCUAUGGAAGAUAAUGAAGACCAAGAAGGACAAUAAUAUAUAAAAUAUAUAGUUUUGUCUCUGUACCAAAAAAAAAAUACAAUAAAAUAUUCAAGGAG